AUGGUGGCAUACCACGACGCAACCAUCUCUGCCUCAUCGUCGUACAACGAUACCGGGCUGCGAGGGCCUGUUCCACGCGAUGCGCGGCUGAUCGCGCUCAUCCUUGCAUCGACAGGCGUGUCGGACGUGGAGCCCGCUGUGCUCUUGCAGCUGCUUGAGUUUGCGCACCGGUAUACAUACGAUGUGCUGUCCGAUGCGCUGGUGUAUUCGGAUCAUGCGAACUCGAGGCAGGCGGGCAGCAACCUGUCGCUCGAAGAUGUCAAUCUGGCCAUUCAGAGUAGAGUCAACUACAGCUUCACCAAGCCACCCGAGAAGGACAUGCUGCUGGCGCUGGCGAGCACGGUCAACGCCAUCCCGCUUCCACCCAUCUCGGAUCGACACGGCGUCCGCCUGCCGCCCGCACAACACUGCCUCACCAACGUCAACUUUGGCAUCGUGCCCAAUCCACCCCCCGAGGAUUUCGACGACUUUGAAGAACCUCAACCCGCGCGCUCUUCCACCGCCGCCGCCGCCGCCGCCGCUUCGCAAACCGGCACCACCGCUACUGCUGCGGGGGCGAGCCAGUCGACACAAGCCGAUACACAGGCGUCAACGCUGUUCGACUCCGCUCCAACUCGGACCGGUGUGCAUGGCGACGACGAAGACUACGAUGACGACAACGACGAUGAGGAGGAUCCAGACGACGGCGAUGUAAGCAUGACCACUGUCCACCCGAGUCAGAGCCAGCCCACGGCAGAAUCGCAGCCGGAAGCCAAGGACAGCGAGCAGCAAGAGGCCGCAAGAGGCGUGAAGAGGAGCUUGGACGAGGAUGAGGAGUAUGACUGA